AUGUCUUUGAUAAAGCUAAUCUUCAGUGCAUCAUUAAGAUCAAGAUUUCAAAUUAUUAGUGUAAGAUAUUACAGUUCAAAAUCUAAAGAAAUUCUUGAUUCUGCCGAAGAAGUACCUGUCUUUUCAAAAGAAAAUGUAUUUUCUGAGGCAUCAGAGAUAAUAAGAAAUAAGUCGCGACUUACUCCUGCACAUAGGAAUAUAUUGCGGGGACAAAAUCCUUAUGAUGAAUCUAUGGCAUGGUACCAUAAUACAGUCAAGUAUAAGAAACGAAUAUUAGGAAGGUAUGGAAUGGAAGCAUUAAAAGUACCUGCAGGUUUGGCAUGGCCUACUCCUGAAGAAGUAGAAGACAGAAAGGAAUAUGAAAGAAUUGCAUAUCCACUGAGUAUUCAAGAACAAUUACAAAAAAUUAAAGAAGAAAAGAAAAAGAAGGAAGAGGCUUUAAUGGCUAGGCAAAUGGAAAUAGCUAAGAAAAUGGCUGGUAUGAAACAAUUAAUAAAUCAGGUACAAGCUAAAAUUGCUGACAAGGAGAUGAAAGAAUUGGAAGCUAAAGAGCGGAAAAAACGUAAGAUUGAGGAGGUCAGACAACAAUUAAUAGCUCAAGGAAUGAUGAACAACGCUAACCUAACAGAUGCACUAAGUCAAAUGGAGAAAGAGGAGAAGAAAAGAAAGAAAGAAAUGAAAAAACAAAAAAUGCUUGAAAGACAAAAGAAAAUGGUAGAAAUAGUUCGGAAAAAGUUACAAGAUGAUAAUAUUGAUUCUGAAGCAUGGAAUGAGAAUGUAGUAGAUUCUAAAAAAGAGUAA